CGCAUGAGCCGCGCCCGCUCCCGCCACUUCCUCCAGGCGCGGCACGCGCCAUCGGCGCGGAAGGACACAAACGGUCGGGCUCGCAGGAGAUGAUGGCGGCGGCUGCCGCCGCGCUGGCGGAAUACCAGCGUGCGGGGGGACACCAGCGUGCCGCAUCUCACGACCUGCCUGAACGCACGCCAUCGCCGGUCAAGCACUCGCGCAACGCGUCGGCGAGCCGAGCGCUCCUCACCCCGCUUCCGGGGCUAAACCGCUCCGCGCCCGGCCCGAUCAUCCGGCCCAUGCCACUCGCGGCGGGCGCCGCAGUCGGCGGCGACAUGAUGCUUUCGCCGUUCGGCCCGCCGCCGCAGACGGACUCGAACUCGAACUCGCUCUCGCACCCCUCGACGGGCCCAAGCUUGCCGAGCGCGAGCGCGCAGGGCUUCGUCUUCCCCGCCCCGCCGGAUACGCUGCCCACCGCGUCGACGGAGAGUCUCCGCGAGCCGCGGCACUCGGGGACGACGGCGAGCGCGGACGGCUCCCACCGGCGCGGGAGCGCGCCGCGCUCCGCGUCCUACGAUGAUUUCGGGGUGCAGCAGGGCACGGCGAGUCGGUCCGAGCCCACGCUUGUACUGCUCAACUCGCCGACAGUGUCGUUGAACGAGGGGGAGCGCGCGCGGAACAGGGAGUCGAGCUCGAGCGGUGCCGGAUCAGGCUGGGAGGAGGUGGGGACGGUGCAGCGGCUCGGGCAGGCGUGGAACACCGGCCCGACGACACCGCGCACGUCAGUUUACCUCCGUCAAGUGGAUGAGGAGCCGAGCCCGUUCGCCCCCGUCGAGCCGGUGACGCCUGAGCGGGCGCGGCGCGGCGAGUUCGGCUCACCCCGCAAAUUGUUGCAGCGGCUGUGGAGAUAAGGACACGACGAUCACGAUACCGGCACGUAUAGAGCAUACACACUCGUUAUUGUACAUUCACUGGGACCAU